AUGUGCUACGACCGCUACGUGUCCAUCUGCAAACCCCUGCACUAUGGGACCCUCCUUGGCAGCAGAGCUUGUGCCCACAUGGCAGCAGCUGCCUGGGCCAGUGCCUUUCUCAAUGCUCUGCUGCUCACAGCCAAUACAUUUUCCCUGCCCCUGUGCCAUGGCAAUGCCCUAAAGCAGUUUUUCUGUGAAAUCCCCCAGAUCCUCAAGCUCUCCUGCUCCAAAUCCUACCUCAGGGAACAGGGCCUUCUUGCUGUUAGUGCCUGUCUAGGAGUUGGCUGUCUUGUGUUCAUUGUUUUCUCCUAUGUGCAGAUCUUCAGGGCUGUGCUGAGGAUCCCCUCUGAGCAGGGACGGCACAAAGCCUUUUCCACCUGCCUCCCUCACCUGGCUGUGGUCUCCUCCUUCCUCAGCACUGUCGUGUUUGCCCACUUGAAGCCCCCAUUUAUGUCCUCCGCAUCCCUGGAUCUGGCCCUGUCCGUUCUGUACUCAGUGGUGCCUCCAGCCCUGAACCCCCUCAUCUACAGCCUGAGGAACCAGGAG